AACCACGCCUAUAUAGUUUAUUAACAAAAUAGUGAAGCGAAGAAACUGCGCUAGGUACUUCAUACUUUUGAAAGUACUUCCUUAGCUCUCACUGCCCGUUGAAUACAUUAGGUGCAAUGGACGCCAUUGUUUUGUACGCAUUUAUUUAGUUAUAUUGGUAGGUAGUUAGGUACAGCACAGGAACUAGCUAGACAGUUCGUUAUCUUGCUUAAUCUUUUCUCCAAGUUUACUGCCUCCGACUGACUAGGAUAGGCGAAUCAUGGUCUUCCUGCAUACUGUGACAGUGACGGUUUAUAUUCUUAUCAAAACGUCUGUAUUUGAAACUGAGGCGAGCGCAAGUGUAGGCAGAAUAAAAUCGAGUCUGGUGAAGCUAGACUAUAUGAAGGACGAAUUUGAUGAUAUUCCCACAAAGAAAAGAACAUUAAUUAAUUUCAGAUCUCAUAGAAAUUUAAAUCCGAUCUCCAAUACAGCGUUUGAGCCAGGUGACUCUGCACCUGCAUUCCAAAUUAAAACAUUGGAUGGGGAAUUUGUGUAUCCACCGACUUCUGUCUUAAAUGUUUCAUUAGUUAUCCACGCGUUUACCAACAAGUCAGCCUUCUUAGAAUGUUUAUGGACUUCCCAGUCUUCACUAACAGACUUUGUACAGUACCUUCCUGAAAGUUGUCAUGUACUUUUCCUCACGUUUGACGACGCGGCUGCGCGUGAUGCUCUGUGGAUGCAGGAGCAAAUUCAACGCGUAGCAGCGCACAGGAAAGAUGUCUUGUCCAGAGUACACAUUUCACCUGUCCCUGUCCAUGCACUUGGGAACUGGAUACCCAGCGUGCUGUACUCCUGGGGCUGCAGUGGACACAACUGCGGCCUGGACCAGGUCACUUUUACCUCUACAGAAUGGGACUUGCCUGUGGUUGCCAAGCGACUGGAUGCGAGAUAUGAUUGGCUGAUGGGCCGCUGGGAUCAGAGGUCGUACAGCUUGAUUGACGCCGGUGAUGGAUGUCAGCCCUGUGCCACUGUGUCUGCUGCUGUGGCAUGGGUGUCUGAGGGAAACUGCUCAUUUUUCACAAAGGUGCGGAACAUGGCUAACUCGAAGGCGGUGGGGGUCCUCGUAUACGCGUCCCUCGGAAGCCCCAUCCAGGACAUGAACUGCGAGGGGGAGGAGUGCUUCGUACCGAUGAGUGUCCCUGCCUCCAUGGUGCACCUGGAGCCCUCCGUGGUUCAAGCCCUGCUAAAAAUGCAGCCAGUGAAAGUGUCAUUCCAAACCACCCCUUCUCCAAACUUCUUCUUCGGGAUUGACCAGCAGGGGGCGUUGGCUGAGAUGGGUUGGUUCCUCUACCCCACCUUCAGAUUCAUCAGCUGGCAAGCCCAGUGGUUCGAUUUUUCCAGACAGUUGCAGGAACAGCUGCGGAGCCCGGCUCAGGUGCUCACUGUGUUUGAUAAUGCAGUGAUGCAGGGUGAGGGCGGAGCCACCACCGCUGUGAACCUGCCUGCAGACAUGAUGAAUUUUGAUGUGCUGGAGUUGGAUGCAUCCCUGUCUUGUCCUGGAAAAAGGGAUGAGACUUGUGCUCAUUGGGAUCACACUGUACAGCUGUUUGUGUGCUGCGAUAAUUUCAGUCCCCUCUGCAACAUGGAGCUUGGCCGUUGGAUCACGGCAUUCCGCAGAGGUACUGGCCAUUGGCUGACUGAUGUCUCCCCUCUCUUGCCCUUGCUGAACAAUGGAAAGUGUGCCUUCACCAUGAAGACGGUGCCUUGGGCGAUGCCAUGGGUAACGUCCUUGAACCUGCGAUUCAGCAGUAGCAAUCAUUCAGGUCAACAUUCAGACAGACUAUACCCAUUCACGCUGAUGUCCCUGUACAAUGGAGGAACCUUUGACAAAGACUAUAACAAGGGCUACCAGCCAAUCAAGUUCACUGUGCCAGCUUCAACUAAAAAAGUUGAGAUUUACGCCGUAAUCACUGGACACGGAAGCGAUGAGAACGGAUGCGGGGAGUUUUGCGUGACGUCGCAUCAUUUCCUCAUCAACGGCCUGUCCAAUAACUCACGCAUCUUUGACUCUGCCGGUACUGCCCUGGGCUGUGCAGCCCGAGCUGGGGAGGGUGCGGUGCCCAAUGAACACGGUACCUGGCUGUACGGCCGAGGAGGGUGGUGUGAUGGGCUCCAGGUGAACCCUUGGAGAAUUGACAUUUCUGAUCAGCUGUACAUGAGUGGAUCCAAUACCAUAUUGUACUUUGGUUUGUAUGAAGGGCGGGACCCCAACCCCACAAGUAACCCUGGUUAUAUUGUGAUGUACUCCUACCUUGUGUUCUAUAAGUAAUGCUUCAUUGGAAAACAGGUGGCUUUUAUUUGAAUGAUUGUAAAUGUCAAUGAUGAAUCAGAACUGUGAAUAAAACUUUAUUUUAGAA